UUAUUUUAGAUUUGUCUCGCCAAGAACGGACAGGUAAUUCUGAGAGAGGACUCAUUGACAAGCGAAUACACUCGAACGAGCGAUUUUUGAAAACGACUGCUGUGCUAAGACACAGAGGGAAGAAUAGGCCAUCACACCAGGACACAUGCAAACCGACAACAGAUAGAGGAAGGAGGAGAAGAAAAAGAGGAGAGUCUUGAAGGCGAUUGGGAGUGUUGGAAUACGCGGAAAUUCUGAAACAAGUGGGAAAACGAUUAAGCCGCGCUGUGCUGUCGUCUCCCAGACGGAUCGACGUGUGUCGCACACAGAGAACAAUCGCAGAAGGAGAGCAAAAAUAUGUUUGACUGCAACUUAAAGUCUUGUGAUAUUAAUUCAUUACAGUAACGUCUGAAUACAAUUUUGUACUGUGAAGAAGGAAAUAGAAAGAAGUUGUAGAUCUACCUACGUGACUGGGAUUUCUGGAGUAACUUCUGAAUCAAUUUUGUACUGUGAAGAAGGGGGAAAAAAGGGAGGUGUGUUGUGGCUACAGUUUCGUCGACCCAGGACACGACACAGCAACAACACACACACGACACGAUGAACUCGGAGGCGGACUACACACUGUGUAACCUGGACUCGCACCACGCCUACAGCGGCGCCUACAGCGCGGCGGCUACAGCCGACCUGUACGGCUUCCACCACAGCCUGGCUGGCCGGAGUAGCCUGGACGCUGGUCAAUCCGCCUGUGCCGGCGGCUACUACGGAAGUGACGCCUCCCUGUCCCCACAGCUGGCUACGGCCGGGGAACUCCCGCUGUCCUCUGGGGGUGGGCAACCUCUGGGAGGGUAUGGGAGUGCGGCGGGUGUUCUUACUGGGCGCGGGAACCCGUCCCGGGCGGCGGCCCACCACGCGCACCACCAGGGCUACUCCCACCACGCUCUGCAGGCCGCACAUCACCACCACCAGCAACAACAACAUCAUCAGCAACAACAGCAGCAGCAACAGCAACAGCAACAGCAGCAGCACCAUCAUCAGACAAAUGCUGCAGCUGCGGCG